CGCACAGUUCCACUUGGCUGAGCAGUGACGUCGAGUGGCCAACCACAGAUCUGAAUCUGUGGAACGUUGUCCCCACAACGCAAGCCAUGGCGGUGACCACCAACCGACCUGGCAGGGCGCGUCGCUGCUCGGUCCGGGAGCUCUGCGGCCGUCGACUGAGGUGGGAGAACGGCUCCCGGACCCAAUGGGUAACGGGAUCAGCUUCCCCUCUGCAAUGUACGUCUGUGCACGAGCCUUGUAGACGUCGCGACACCAAGGCAAGCGUGGCAAUCGAGCGGAACCCCACGUCUCCCACCUUGAGCAUCCGACCGCGAGACUCGUCAUUGCCUAUCUCAUCUAGAUUCGACUCCGCUUCUCACAACAACAGCCCCCGCCCUUUGCCGUUCCCGGUGAACUCUCCAGCCGCAGUCCUGUCGAGAUGUCUGCCUCAGCUCUCGUGGACACCCUCCUCUCCCACUCUACCCUCACGAAGGUAGUACUGGCGGUGCUAACGCUUCUGCUCGCAGUGGUGAUUGAGCUCGCCCGUCGGCGCGCGACCUAUGCUCACCUUCCACCGGGGCCCUUACCGCAUCUGCUGACAGGCAACGACUACCCAGCCACGUAUCCAUGGCGCGCGUUCUAUGAGCUCUCCAAGACGUACGGUCCUGUCAUCACAUUGUGGACGGGCACGCAACCGAGCGUAAUUCUCAACGAUAUGGCCAGCGCGACGUGGUUUCUCGACAAACAUUCACGCGACACGUCCGACCGCCCCCCGCACUGGGCCUACAUCUCCGGCGGCAAGCGCGUCAUUCUCCAGCCCCACGGCGAGCGGUGGCGCCGCAUGCGCCGUGCCCUCUACUCGAUCCUGCAGCCGGCGCAGGCUACCCAGUUGCGGGGAUACCAAGAGAGGGUGGCGCGGGGCGUUGUGCUGGACAUCCUCGGGGGCGGCGAGUUCCAGGACCACAUCAGGACAUACGCGGCGACGAUCAGCGUGCACAUGGCCUACGGACGGAUGGAGCGCGCGCGGUACUCGGACCCCGAUAUCGCAAAGAUAGUCGAGAACAGCGCCCGCUUCGGGAACUUCCUCCGUCCUGGCGGGAGCAAGCUUGACGCGUUUCCCUGGCUUGCGUACGUGCCAGGAUACAUGCGACAGAUGAACCGAUGGAACGCCGAGGAGCUCGUCCUCUUCCGCUCGGCACUUGACGACGUCAAGGCUCGUAGCGUCACAGGACCUGAGCGAUGCUUUGCGACGUAUCUCUUGGAGCGGAAGAAGGAGCUCGAGCUGAGCUAUGACGAGGUCGCUUACCUUUGCGGAAGCGUGUUUGGCGCGGGCUCGGACGCAACCAGUGCAGCCAUACAGAUCAUUGUCAUGGCGGCUGCGACUCAUCCCGAGUGGCAGGCGCGUGUCCAAGCCGAGCUGGACCAAGCAACCGCAGGGCAGCCGCCGGGUUUCGAUGACCUGGCCGUGGAUGCCGUGCCGCAUCUCCAUGCCUUCGUUGCAGAGAGCUACCGUUGGCGUCCCGUCUCCGCUGGCGGCUUCAUUCACCGCACCACUGCACCCGUCAUGUAUGGCGACUACGUUGUGCCCGCCGGCGUCCUCAUUUCCGGCAAUCACUGGGCAAUCCACCGCGACACAAGCUACUUUGGCGCCGACGUCGAGACUUUCAAUCCUAGCCGUUGGAUCAAGGACGGCAAAUUCAACGAGGCAAUGAAACACGUACAGUUCGGCUUUGGGCGGCGCGUCUGCCCCGGCCAUCAUGUCGCGCAUAACAGCGUGCUCAUUAAUGCUGCGCUGCUGCUCUGGGCUUUCAACAUGACGGAACAGACGAACAGCAAGGGCAAGCUGAUCCCUAUCGACACGCUCGCGUUCACAAACACUGCCAACUCACACCCCUUGAAGUUUAACGUCAGUUUCCACGAACGCGUCGCCAACCUGGCGGAGCUCAUGAGCGUCGACAACAUAUAGCCGGCCAGCCGAAUUGUAAGUAAUCUCAGAACAUAUGCAAGUGGUGGAUAGGGCCGAGCCCAUCAUUGAGCGUCAAAGUUCAGUCAUAUCAUCAAGGUCGUGUGGCGAAAUGGCAUCGCGUCUGACUACGAUUUGGGCUCCAUCAGGAGUACUUCGAGCAUCAGGAGAUCGCGGGUUCGACCCCCGUCAUGACCUAGAGCCUCUCAGCAAGCGCGUAGUGCGAGCUGAAAGCAUCUUUUGUUGGAGGUCGUCGAGGUGAGGGUCUCGGAGGGGCGAGGACAGAGUUUCGGGCGGACCAUGGGGCUCAGGGUACAUAUCUGCACGCCGCAAAUAGGUGUGCACCUUC